AUGAAAACAACAGUUCAAGAACGAAUUCAAUACAAUAUUCAAUGCCUUACUCUUGAUUCAUUAUCAAUAGACUGUGUCCUUUCCAUUGGAAAUUAUCCUAAACUGAACAAACUUAAUCUUAUUAAUCUUGAACUUGAAAUGACAUCUCGUAUUUUCAAUGAUGAAUCAUCAUUUAUUCAUAUCUUUAAAGAUAAGAUUUUACAUUUGAAUGUUACAAUUAAUGAAAAUAGAACAUCUGAACAUCUACGAAAAUUAUCUACAAAUAUUUUUACAACUAUUUUAAUAAUGUUUACAAAUUUGAAUUAUCUUCAUUUCGAUUUAAAAGACGUUUUUAUGUAUCCAUCAACAUCAUUUAUUAAUUUACUAUCUAGUAGAAACUGUUAUUCAUCGAAUAUUGUUCGUGUAAAUGUUAGAUUGCGUUAUUUGAAUGAUUGUCUUUGUUUACUUAAUGAAGAUUUUAGUCAAUUACAUACAUUUAUUGUAAAUAUUGAUAGAAUUUAUAAGACAACAAACAUAAUUAAAGAUAAUAAUUAUUUUAUUUAA